UGAAGUGUACCAAUAAAAAUGUAUCUUUUUCUCUUCAUCUCACAACACAACAGCGACCCCAUACACUUGUGAGAUCAAACACACCAAAAAAUGCAUGUUCCUGAAGCUGCAGUUCAUGUGGCUUUCCUCACAAGUGCUGGUAUGGGUCACCUCAACCCAUGCCUCAGACUAGCCUCAGUGUUCCUCCGCCAUGGUUGUAAAGUCACUCUCAUCAUUCCCAAGCCCACUGUCACUCUUGCUGAAUCAAACCUCAUCUCUCGCCUUUGUUCUUCUUUCCCUCACCAGGUAACUCAAAUUGACUUCAACAUCACCCCUUUGGAUCCUACCACCGUUAACACCGCCAAUGACCCUUUUUUCCUUCAGUAUGAAACCAUUCGUCGUUCGGUUCACCUUCUAUCUCCAAUCCUAUCUUCUCUUUCAACUUCUCUCUCAGCUUUCAUUGUCGAUGUUUUCUUAAUUUCUCCUAUACUCCCCAUCGUUGACAAAAUGUUUUGUCCCAGUUACAUUCACUUCACCUCCUCAGCUAGAAUGUUAUCUUUCCUUGCAUACGUUUCUGUUCUUGCUGAUUCCGAUCCAGCUGCACAACCACACCCGUCUACGUUAGUUGGUGAUGCUAUUCAUAUCCCGGGUAUCACAUUACCAAUACCAAGAUCCUCGGUCCCUCCCCCUUUUCUUCUUGAAGGUAUCAACUCCUUUCAGAGAAUGAUCAUGGAGGACGGUCGCAACCUCAAGAAGCACCAUGGGGUUUUCAUCAACUCGUUUGAGGAACUGGAAGGAGAGGNACUAGCAGCGUUGAAUGAAGGAAAAGUGGUUAGAGGGCUGCCCCCGGUAUAUGGAAUUGGUCCCUUGAUGACGUGUGAGUUUGAGAAUGUAGAUGAAGGUGAAAAGGGUUGCAUGAGUUGGAUACUGGAGUGGCUUAAUGAACGNGCUGAAGGGUCGGUGGUGUAUGUUAGCUUGGGGAACAGAACUGAGACAAGGAGGGAGCAGAUAAAAGACAUGGCUUUGGGGUUAAUAGAAUGUGGGUAUAGUUUCCUGUGGGUGGUUAAGUUGACGAGGGUUGACAGAGAAGAGAAGGAGGAUUUGGAGGAUGUGGUGGGGAGUGAGUUGAUGAGUAAGGUGAGGGAGAAGGGUGUGGUUGUGAAGGAGUUUGUGGAGCAGACAAAGAUUCUGGGGCACCCUGCAGUUGGAGGAUUUGUGACUCAUGGAGGUUGGAAUUCGGUAACUGAGAGUAUAAGGGAAGGAGUGAAUAUUCUGAUAUGGCCUCAGGGUGCGGAUCAGAAGUUUAAUGCAGAGGUGGUUAGGAUGAGUGGGGUUGGGAUUUUGGGUGAGGAAUGGGGGUGGGGGACACAGAAGGUGGUGGAAGGGAANGAGAUUGCUAAGAGAAUCAAAGAGCUGAUGAGCAAUGAGUCUUUGAGGGUCAAAGCUGGAGAAAUGAAGGAGGCNGCAAGGAAGGCUUGUGGUGUUGGUGGAAGUUGUGAGCUUAUUAUUAAGAGAUUAACUGAGNAGUGGAAGAGGAAGGCUCAAGUCAACUGAGCAUUGACACUCAGUACUAUUUUGCCUAUUCAC